CAUACACGCGUUCCGGUUACCGGAGCCGGUUCGGUUUGGAUUUUUCGCCCGAUGAUGAUGAUGAUGAUGAUGAAGUUUCUCGGCGCUGUGUGAAUCUUUGUGAGCUGGACGCGGUUCCUGGAGGAGGAUGAGUUCAUAAACUCACCGCUGACUGACAUCAGACAUUAACGGUGUUCUGAGGGGUGAUGCCCCGCUCGACCAGAUCAUCAGUGUGUUAGACGUCAGAGACAGACGCGUGUGUGUGUGUUUGUGUGAGUGUGUGUGUAUGUGUGUGUGUGUGUGAGUGUGUGAGUGUGUGUGUGUGUGUGUGUGUCAGCAUGGCUCUGCCCGACAAACACAAAGUCAAGAGACAACGACUCGACAGAAUCUGUGAAGAAUCCAGCUUAUGUAUAAAGUGUGUUUCCUUGCUGUUAAGUUGCAACUUCAUGGCUGUCCGUGGCACCGUUCCUCCUCCGGAUUACUACCCUUUUGAUAUCGCUCUAUCAGCCCAGCCACCUGAAGAUCUGCAGGGCUUUUAUAAAGGAGACCAGCACAUGCUGAGCAGAUCAGGCUCGCAUUAUGGCUUGGCCACAGGAGGGGUCAGGAACGCUUGGGAUCAAGGGCAAGCUAGAGCAACUACUCCUGCUCCUACGCCCAGGCCUCCUCCUCCUGCUCCUCCUCCUCCUCCCUCGGCUCAUGAGAUCAGCCGCUUGUACAGGGAUUCUCUAUCCAUCAAGAUGAUCCCAGACAGCCAGCGCAUUCGCAGUAGAGCCGCUUCACCGGCUUGCUUCGGCAUUGAAUCCAGAUUUCCAGCAGAACACUCCGUGUACAGCGACGCCAACGGCCUUCCUCUGGACUCUGGAUCCACCUGCAUAGUAGUGGACCCUACAGCUCCAGUCAUGGAUGGGACUCUUCCUCGAGGGAACCCUGCUUACGGCUCUGUGUCAACUCAAAGGAUGCCUUACGACCCUGCUUACGAUCCAGGCUCCGCUCACCACCCUCCGGCGGCCGUCACUGUCGACCCCAAGAGAACCGUGGAUCCCAGUUUUCUAGCUCUCCUGCGCUCCGAGGGUCUGUCGGAAAGCACUAUAACUCUUCUCCUACAGCAAGGGUUUGAUUCUACCUCCAUGCUUGCUAUGAUGGAAGACCACGACGUCCGCUCCGUCGCUCCCAAUUUGGGCCAAGCACGAAUGCUUUCUCGAGUGGUUUUCAAUUGCAAGACGGGAGCAACCGGUGCUGCGGUUAUGCGAGGUCGUUCUAACAGCUUCAGCCAUCGCAAUGAUCUCUACAUGCAGUCUCAGGCAGUGGAUGGAAACCUCAUUCAACAGCCUCCCAGCGCCCUGCAGUCCGUCUCUCCAAGAAUGGGAGAGUUUCUCGGUCGGCGGCCGAACAGUGCUCCGUCUCAACAUCUCCUCGAAACCAGGACAUAUCCAGGGGUUCGCUCGGUCGAAGGUCUUCCGGUCAGUCCGGGGGGCUACGCCACUCAAACACGACCUUUGUACAAUGCCCACACCGGCCUGGCCAUGUCCGCUCAACAACAACUUCCGACUACUCCAGGAGUGGCACCCAAGACCUUCUCCACUACAUACAGCCCUAUGGAGCUGAUGAAGCGCCCUCCGAACCUUACUCCUCUCUCUCCUUCUCAUAGCCCCCAUCACAGCCCUCAGUUAAUGCGCAAGGGAGCAGCUCCUGUGGAGAGUGCCAUCCUUCCAGCAUCUUCAGCCCUCCAGCCUCAGACCCUUAAUCCUAACAACAAACAAACCCGGAGAACCGGACCUCCGGUCAUUGUAUCCACCAUGGCUUCACCUGACACAAGUAACAACCUUAUUUCUUUCACCAAACCGCUGAUGAUCCAUGAAGGUUCUUUGAGGUUCUUCUGUGUGUUAAAUGCACAUGAGGAGUUUGUCAGGCUGAAGGUUGCUGGUGUUCAGGAGGCUGGUGGCAGAUCUGUAAAUGAGCUCUGUUACAGCUGA